CCCUCACGGUGGAUACAUCCCCAAGGCAACCCACGCCAUCCUUUCUCUAUCUUUUCCCUCCCUGGCUUCUCCGCGCAUCGUGAGGCAUGGCCGCGCUACAGGCAGAAGCUGCUCACUCACUCCAAUUCUCGCCUCCGGCCGCAUCUCGUCCGCCGGAGGAGCCCAAGGACGGUAAAGACGACCAUCCCUUCUUCUCUUGGCUCUCCCUCGCCGCCUUCGCCUUCUUGACCUUCAACACCGCCAUCGCGGUGCGUAGGUCGAUCGACGACCCCGGGGCCCUCGCCUUCACCGUCGCGUCCUACGUCGACCUCCUCUGCUUGUUCUGGUGCCUGAGGAGAUUCGAGUGGGCCAACGAGCGGGACAAAGGGUGGCUAAAAAUGGCUAUCUGGCUGCUGGCCUCGCUGCUCACCGGAAUGUUCAGUUAUAAGGUGGCGGCGGUGAUGCCAUGGCCGGUGGCGGCGAUCUUGUGGGGUAUGAACUGUGCGACAACAAUGGGCGGCUUUUAUGCGUUUUUCCUGCAUAGGGAAAACUCUCCGGUUAAAGAAGGGAAAAUUUAAUAUGAAGAAGUAACUUUUAUUCCAAAUAAAGCCGUUGAAAUUCGAUGUUCAAGUAUAAUGGGUGACAAUUAAAAAAAUUAAAAGAUCGUUAUUUUCUAAAUCAUCAAAGAGAAUUUUUUUUUAAAUUAUAGUAAUUAUAAAAUAUUAUAACAAUUAUGAUUUCA